AUUCUUGAAGUUCUAUCAUACCCACUCACACUACCAGUCAAUUUGCUUGCUUGCCUCAUUUAGAUAUGUCAUAUCUCUAUAAGAAUUGUGUUCUUUUCAUUGGUUAAGGAUUUUGUAAAUUUCCAUUAAAAAAAAAUUCGGUUUAGGAAAAUCGACAAUAAGUUGAUGAAUGACAGGAUUAACCAAAUUGGCAAUAUGUUCAUUUUGUUAUGCUAUAGCUGGAAUCCAUUAUUUUAAUUUUUGGCCAUCUCUGCAGAUAUGGCCCUUGCAUUUGCUUUUUCAUUGCGCGUUGCGACUGGAGAGGGACUCCUUUGCAACAUAAAGCCUUUUAAUUCUAACCUGACUGCCACCAGAAAAUUGCCUAGUCACAAGAAGUUGUCAUGUUCAGCUACUCUAACCAUCGAGAGGACUCAGGCACCUGAGUUUGAGUUAGAGAACAAAAAACACAAUCUGUUGAACACUAUUCAGGACACACAAAGAGGUCUUGUUGCCACUCCCGAUCAACGCUCUGUAAUUGAGGAGGCUCUGGUGAGUGUGGAGGGAUACAACAUGGGUGAGCCGAUAGAUCUAGAAAAGUUGGAUGGAACAUGGCGCCUGCAGUAUACUUCUGCUCCUGACGUCCUCAUUCUUCUGGAAGCUGCUGCAAGGCUUCCAUUCUUUCAGGUUGGGCAGAUCUUCCAGAAAUUUGAAUGCCGGGAUAAAUCUGAUGGUGGGAUCAUCCGUAAUGUUGUUCGCUGGAGUGUUCCAACAUUGUUAGAGGAAGAAGAAGGUGCUACUCUGGUUGUUUCUGCAAAAUUUAAUGUUGUUUCUGUUCGGAAUAUCUACCUUCAGUUUGAAGAGAUUUCUGUUCAGGAUAUAAACAUCAGUGAGGAGCUGCAAGCUAUAAUAGCUCCAGCAAUACUGCCACGGUCAUUUUUAAGUUUACAGAUUUUGCAAUUUCUGCGCACAUUUAAAGCUCAAAUUCCUGUGACAAAUCCAAAUCCAGGGAGGCAAUCAGUUGGAGGAUUAUAUUACCUUUCCUACCUGGACAGAAAUAUGCUUUUAGGUCGUGCAGUUGGAGGUGGAGGCAUGUUUGUUUUCACCAAAGCUCAACCCCUUUACUUGUGAGGCACAAAACAACUUUGAUUAUUUGAUUAAUCGCUUACACCUACCAACACUUUUGUACGCCCAAAAAACCUUGAUUUAAGAAGUAAGAAAGACCGGGAACAGAGGUUCGUGGAUUCAAGGAAUUGAAGCAAAUACUUUUCACUGUA